CUUCAGCUUCCCUCGCUCAACUCGUAGACCCUGCUUGGCUAACGGCUAUCACCAAUGGCGUCCACGGAGAUAGCAAGACAAGCGGGUGAAGGUGCCCGUGCCGUACCUCUCGCUGGCCAUGUUGGCUUCGACAGCAUGCCUGACCAGCUGGUCAACAAAUCUGUCAAUCAUGGAUUUUGCUUCAACAUCCUCUGCGUUGGUGAGACGGGUCUGGGCAAGUCUACCUUGAUGGACACGCUGUUCAACACCAAGUUUGAGGGCGAGCCCACCCAGCACAACCAGCCUGGGGUGACGCUCAAGUCCAACACCUACGAACUGCAGGAGAGCAACGUGCGCCUCAAGCUCACUGUCGUCAACACAGUGGGCUUUGGAGACCAGAUUAAUAAAGAAGACAGCUACAAGUCCAUUGUGGAAUUCAUUGAUGCCCAGUUUGAAGCAUAUCUCCAAGAGGAGCUGAAGAUAAAGCGCACGCUUCACAGCUACCACGACACUCGCAUCCACGCUUGCCUUUACUUCAUUGCUCCCACGGGCCACUCGCUCAAAUCCCUUGACCUGGUCACUAUGAAGAAGCUUGACAGCAAGGUGAACAUUAUCCCAAUCGUUGCCAAGUCCGACGCCAUCUCCAAAAGUGAACUGGCCAAGUUCAAGAUCAAAAUUACCAGUGAGCUGGUCAGCAAUGGCGUGCAGAUCUACCAGUUCCCCACUGACGACGAGUCAGUCGCCGAGAUCAACUCCACCAUGAACAGUCAUUUGCCCUUUGCCGUGGUGGGCAGCACGGAGGAGGUGAAGAUCGGCAACAAGAUGGUGAAGGCCCGCCAGUAUCCCUGGGGCACAGUGCAGGUGGAGAACGAGAAUCACUGUGACUUUGUCAAAUUGCGAGAAAUGCUGAUCCGAGUCAACAUGGAGGAUCUGCGGGAGCAGACGCAUACGCGUCAUUACGAGCUGUACCGCCGUUGCAAGUUGGAGGAGAUGGGCUUCAAGGACACGGACCCCGACAGCAAGCCCUUCAGCCUCCAGGAAACGUAUGAAGCAAAGAGGAACGAGUUCAUGGGCGAGCUGCAAAAGAAGGAAGAAGAAAUGCGGCAAAUGUUCGUUCAGCGGGUCAAAGAAAAAGAGGCGGAACUCAAAGAAGCAGAGAAAGAGCUGCACGAGAAAUUUGACCGCUUAAAAAAGCUGCACCAGGACGAGAAAAAGAAGCUGGAGGACAAGAAGAAGUCCCUGGACGAUGAGCUCAACACGUUCAAACAGAAAAAGACUGCCACUGAGCUCUUGCAGAAUCAAGCCCAGCAGGCCGGGGGCUCCACCACGCUCAAGCGGGACAAAGAGAAGAAGAAUUAACUGUUCCUACAUUUGAUGCAUGCUGCUUAAGGCACCCCGUCCUGAGAAGGAUUCCUGUAGAAAAGUGCUUCCUUGUGGCCACGCUGCUGUGAAUGAUCAUCCCUUACAGUCAACCCUUCCCCAAUGUCCCUACAAACCCCCCCCCCCCCCAAACUGCCCUCACCCCUGGGCGUUGCUCACUUGGACUCCUUUUUAAAUGCACCACUCUAAUUAUGAUGUUUAUUUUUUUGUAUACAACAUACAUUCCACUCAUGGUUAGGUUUUCUAUGUAGCAACUCUCUUGCAUGGUGUGUGGCGUGCGCUUUUUAUUUUCCAAAUUAACACACAUGACCUUGUUGUGAUGGGGAGAAAUGAAGCAAAGCUCAAGCGAAACACACCUCACACAUGGCCUGAAAAGAACAAAUACAGUCAAAGCUUCAUAUUUAAAUACGAGAGGUCAGAAUUUAAUGACUUGUGGAUUAUUUUUUUAGUGAGUGGGGGGUAAGUCGGCAACAUGGAAGUAUGCUAGUAGUUGAAAAGUACCAUUGCUACUGAUUAAUGUAUACUGUACAAAUAAAUACUGUAAAAAGGCUUCACGUAAUUACAUCGUGUAGACUUUGCAAAUCGUCGCAAUGUUGCAAGAGAAAAGGUUUUAUAAGACAAAAGUCACAUGAUGAGGAAAAAAAAUCAUAGUUCUCAGACAAAGUGGGAAUUUUACAAGAAACAAGUUGCAAUAUAACGAGAAAACAGGAAUAAAUCAUGUAUGAGAAAAGUCGUAAUAUCAGAACAAAAUUGUAAUGUUAAGGCAUAGAAAGUAUGACUUUUUUUCCCCUCCAAUUUUCACUUAAUUUUCUAAAAAUGACACGUUUUCUCAUAAUUGGUGGCUGCUCGAACAAUGAUAGAUAUGAUUAUGCAAAAGUCGAAACAAAGCACAGCUAUUCUUGGCGAAAGUAAAAAAAAUAUUGUUCAACGCCAGCUCAGUGCGUAAAGACAACUUAGCAGGUGAGCUAUUAAAGCUUCUGAACCUACUACUCAACUCAUGCUGUUUUGCCAUCAUCGUAAAUCCAGUGGCCCUAACAGACUACAGUAAUCGCAGACAUGUGUUUCGCUUGGACUUCCCUUUUUGCCACUUCUCCCCAUACCUCAUUGACUGUCAUGAUUUGUAUUAGCUGUCACAUUUGCACUUUUUCUUUUUUUACACAAAUGUGAUGAAAUAUAUACAUUUAUGUAUGUUGUCAGUGCAAUUGGUAUUCUUUUUUGUUUGUUUCUGCGUGUUUUUAUAAUGGCACAUUUCAAAGUCAGUGGUCAUGUUUGGACUGGUUUUUAAAGUUAUUCGUCUAUAGGGGAAAUAAAGGCACCAACAUGUUAGAACAGAAUCUUGUUUAUGCUUAGUAAUUUAUAUGAUCAUUUACGGUUGGUCUCUCUCGCAAGAGCAAUGACCUUGCCCUGUAAUGUAGUAUCUCAGUUUACUGGUUUGUGUGUAUUUCCUUUGCAGUACUCCGUGGCUCUGCACUGAGUAGGUCCCCAGCUUAAAGGGACUGUCCUCAAGUGCCAUCAGUUUUUUGUGGGUCUCUCUUGCUCUGUCUCUCUCGCCCUUCUUUCUCACUUUAUUUUUGUAAUACAUUGUACUGUUUUCCCCCCCACUGUUCUUUUAAUUCCCUCUUUGCCACCACUUGGACUUUUUCCCACUUAGAUGAGAUGGAGAUUUGCACACUUGCUUUUUUAAAAUUUUUUUUUUUAUAUACUUUAGGAAUAGCAAAACAUUUGCACAGAUUCACUCAAUGUUGUCAUUUUCUCCCACCUUUUGAAUUUGACUGCAUUCUAACCAAACUUUUUCCUCGAUACCAGAUGCAUUUCUACUGCAUUUCUCUAACAUCUGCAUCUUUCUUUGUCUUUCUCGUUGUAGCUUCUUUUAAUGUGUCUUGACCAUCUGAAGAGGGCCACGACAGCUUCGGCAACAACUAAGCACUAUUUACCUCUUCUGUCCCCUCCUGCUAUAUUAACCUGUUUUUAAAAUAGAUAUUUUUCUUCUCUCCCAUUACAUCAUCUCCUUUUGUCAAAUGUGGACUUUUGUGGACUCGCAUGGUAUCUCUGACCCACUUUGUGACAAUGAACCAUGGGUGGGGAACCUACAGCAUUUGCUGAAGAACUAAAAUUCAAAAGAUCCCACCAUUUACACCCCCAAAAAAUGCUCAAAAGAAAUAUUCAAUAACUAAUGGAAAAAGUUCCCCACUUCUGAUCUUAAGCACAGGCUGAAUGGGUAGGUUUGACAGUUUAAAUAUAAUUGUCUUCAUGUUAAUUAAAAGCCUCUGCAAACUAUGGUAGGAUGAGGGCAUGUUAACUUAAACAUGACUUAAAAAGUAUAAUUUGUACACUGUAAAAAAAUAAAAAAUAAAAAACACCAAAUUGAAGUCAUUACUAUGCCAAAGCAAUAUAAAAAAUAUUGGCACUUCUUUUGAUGCUGCCCAUGUUUACAUGCCACUGUUGAAUACCAUGGAGGUCACAUGUAUAGGCCUUUUGUGCUUUAAUAUUCUCCAGCCUUCUGUAUUCUAUAUUUUGCAUGGAUUUAUAAAACAAUUUCUUUACUGUUGUCACCUGCUUGUUUUCAAUCCAAAAUAAUAAUUUUACUGUUUCCUCCAAAUAUGGUGCAAAUCAUGAGUGAAUAUGUUAAGUCCUAUCAUUUCAGUUCCUUUGUUGCCAAAUAAUGUAUGAUGGAGUUGAACCCAGAUGGGUGUAUUAAAAAAAAAAAAAGAA